AUGGCGCUCCCAAAACACCUCCAGGCAGGCCUCACGCCAGAAGAGCACACCUUUAUCGCAGAGGACGAGCUGGUGGACAUUGUGCCCCGCUUCAGCAUGAGCCGCGUGCGCUUGCUCUCGGGCACAUAUGGACCGUUCACGCCGCCGUCGCGCGCGACGGUGCCGCUCUGGCUCGCGCUGAGUUUGAAGCGCAAGAGCAAGUGCCGUAUCGUGCCGCCCGAGUGGCUACAGGUUGAGAAGCUCCAGGAGCUGCUGAAGCUGGAACGAUCCAAGCCAGAAGAGUUCCAGCCCCUCCCGCGCCGCUUCGUCGAGACGAGCAAGGUGCUGUUGGACGUCGCACCAGACGACCUCACCAACCCUGCCCAGAUCCGCUCCCUGCUCAAAGACGUGCGCGAAGUCCGACAGGCAAAGAUCCGUAUCGGUCUGCAGUCGGAAGGCGUCAUGCGCGGGUCGUACCUCCAGGUGACCAACCUCACGCCGAUCGAGCUCACAGAGCUCAAGCCCUUCCUCGUCAAGGCGAUGGGCAUGCUCCAGGGGCUCGAGCCGAAGGAGGAGGCCGAGGUGUAG